UGUCAAAUCUGAGAUGUGGUCGUCACUCUCAACGCCAUUGUCUUCUUCACCAAUAACCCAAUUCUACCCAAGGCAACAAAUCCACACUACGGGCAUUGCCCACCACUUAAAGAAGAACUCAGCAGCAACCUCCUCAAAUUCUUUGCUUUAUGGAGGAAGCCAACAUUACACCCUGCACUGCUUUUCAAGGCCCAAUCUUUCACUGAAGUGUUCCCUCAGUGAAGGAGCAGCAGCAGGCAAUAACUUUCCUUCCGACGAUUAUGAACUAUUGGAGGAGCAGAAUAACAAGGGCUUCUGGGGAAAAUGGAAGGCCAAUUCGGCUGAAAUGAGUGCAAAACUUGCAAAACUUGGCUUGGCAGCUGUGCUUGCUUAUGGGCUGUUUGAUGCAGUUACGUACACCUCCUUUUUUGUGUUUGCAUUUCUGGGGUAUGAGAAAAGUACUGGGCAGAAUCCAGCAGCCAAUAUCAAGGCACUUAUAGGGAUUGUUCUCUUGAUGUGGACGGGAAAUAAUGUCACGAGGCCAUUCCGAGUGGCUGGGGCAGCUGCACUGGCACCUCUGAUAGAUAAAGGACUAAAAAGGAUCCAAAAACAAUUUAAAUUUCCUAGUCUGGUUUAUGCAUUUGCGCUUGUGGUCUCUGUAGUGGCUGCAAUAUGUUUGACAGUUUUUGGCUUGCUUAUCCUCUCAAGAUGGGGAAAAUGAGUUUGUCAACAGUCUGUGUAAUGAAGCUUGUGGAGUUUUAAGUCAGUAGAUCCUUAUCAUCUAUUCCAGGGUCGAUUACUAGUAAUGUACAGUUCAUAGUGAAUCUUGGAGUGGUUAAGAAUAUUUCUGCGUUGUUUCAUUGAUGAAACGAAAUUAGGGA